GGUCAAAGGAACUGUGAUAGGAAGUAGAAGAUUAGCCGCGACUGUUGUUAGCCGAAGUCGGCAGUUACACGACAGAGGCGUUUUUAUACUUGGUAUUGCUUUAAGACGCUGUAGAUUGUAAUUUAAACACAUUUUAAGUAUUAAUCAACUGCCUAUAAGCUGCUGGACGGUUUAAAAAUGUCUCCUAGGACUAAAAACCCAUGGGUUUCUGUGGGUGUAGCUCUGAUGAUAGCUAUCAGUUUAAAUUCGAUGUCAUAUACAUGGGCUCAGACAAGUACAUCGAAUACUACAGUAUCCUCGGAUUCUGAUGAGGCUUCGUCACCAGAUACUUUUCUACAAAGGCCAAUAGAUAAAGCAAUGGAUCCUCUGUAUAAGAUGACCAACUAUUUUCUACAACUGGUUAAAGGAAACACCGGCAUCACUGAGUACGUCGACGAGUUGGAAAGAAGUGGCUUGGAAGUUGUGAAAAGAGACAAUCAGACAGACUACUUUGCAACAUUACAAAGUUCUGCCUUUAUGUUAAGGUUAAGUACAGAAUGGGGUCAGACAGUCCAGUGGUUUAUUGCCUAUACAGUUUGCAUAGCAGUUGGUAUCCUGUUUAUGAUCAUCAUGCCUAUUGUUGGUUGUUGUGUUUGUUGCUGCCGAUGCUGUUGCAAGAAAUGUGGUGGAAAAGUAGACCCUAUGGAACCAAAGAAUGCAAAAUGUCGCCGAGUGGUGUUUGGGCUUGUGCUGGCUGUGAUAACCACACUCAUGUUGGGAGGAAUGGUGUGUGCCUUUGUUACCAAUGAACUGAUGCAGGAACAAACCAACCAUAACAACAAUGACACAGGACUUCUCAAUUCCAUCUCAAAAGAAAUUGGCAGAAUAGACGAUUACCUCUCAAACACUCUGACGGAAAUAAAUACUACUGUUAUUAACAGCUAUAAUGGUGCAAAGGGUAGUGUAAUUCGAAAAAUAGAAGAUGCUGCUGACACUGCCCUGGACAAAAUUGGAACUGCCACUAAUGCAUCUGAAGUGAUUGACAAAGCCAAAGAAUUGGCAAAAAGUGUGAAUACCUUAGCCGCUAAUCUGGAGACUGUGAAAACUGAUACAGAGGCUUUAAGUGACCUGACUAUCCAACUUGAUGGUGAGCUGGCUGCUGUGAGACAAAACAUAAGUGACACCCUAAGUUCCUGUACUGUAGUAGCAACGUGUAAUGCCACUGGGAGUCAGCUUGAUAGUUUACAAACAGGAGCAAAUUUUACAUCUCUUACAACUGAUGCCCUUAAGACUAUUACGGAUGCUCUUGAAGAAGUUGAAAAAGUGCAAAAUAAUAAUAUAUCAGCAAAAGUAGAACAGGGAGAACAGGAGUACAAAAACAUCAGUGUCAAAGCAAAAGAACAAUUGGACAAUGAAAUUAAUAAGACAAAGGUAGAAUUAAAGAAGUUAGAUGAAAAACUUGGUGCAACCUUAGUAGAUUUGAGUGCACAAACAAAGGUAAUCAUUUGAAAUAAG